AGCACACCAACGCUCCACGCCUUGCCACAUUCGUGCUCAAACGCUUUCAGCAUUCAGUUCUCGAAGGGAGGCUCGGAGGCGUUCUCUUUGCAGCAUAUUGAACAGUCAUACCUACAGCUUGCAAUAAAGGUAAUAUUAGCACUUUGAUAUUAUCUUAAAAUUUCGUAUUUGGAAGUUUCAUAUCUUUAUUAUUUCUCAAGCGGUGAACUCGGUCAAACUGAUCGAAUUUAAACUGCGCUUGGGUUCAAAUGUUAAAAUUAAAAUAGUUUCCCCUGUGUGGAGUUUAUUUUCACCAUAUGAAGCUGAAUUUGCACGGCAAAAAAAGUCUUCUUGACAUUGAUGAUCUGCUUCUGCAAAAAUUGAUGCGUAGGUAGAUUUGCUUUCUUGCUUUGUUUUAUCAAAGGUAAACUAAUCAUUACUAGACGUCUAAUUUAUUUGCAUGAAAUCUCUUUAGCUAAUAAUUCGCUUUAGGCUCCAUUGCUCCUUCUGGCAUUUUCCAAAUGACCUACAAUUUCUCACGCGACUACUCUUCGUGCAAAAAUCUCAAUGCAAAUAUAAUCUUUGUGCAAAUAUAUUGCAUAUUUUUUCUGGAUUUUUUAAUAUCUGGGGCUUGCUUGCAAUGAGUACAUUGCAACGCAUAACAAACAGUUAUUUAGUCAUACAUUUUUGUUAUUGCAAAUAAGUGUCUCUAAGAGCUGUAUUUUAUUACUAUUCUUGUACUCUUUAAGCACUAGGCGUUUGUCGGAGUCAAUUAUUCCAUCGAAUGCUAAAAGGCCCGAAAUGUCGGCCAUUAAAAAACCAAUACGGCCGUUUGGUAAAGUUUCCGCACAGCCCCAUACUAUCGUAAAACAAAUCUGUUUUCCCAGUGGAAAUGUAUUGUUUUUGUCAUUGUUUUCUCUGUUCAAGAACUGAAUGCAUAAUGUAGGAUGGGGCUGUGCGGAAAUUUUACCGGCCGUUUCCCUUCCUUGGUCGAAAUGUUUCACUCGCCCACCGACUCAGCACAACAGUUUAUUUGGAUAUUGGUAGCUUCUGAAUAAAUUGUUGUCAGCCUGACGUCAAAAGACGUCUAUUGUAAUGAAAAUAUCCUGAUCGCGGCAAUCAUGCAAUGGUCUAUGGAUGAUAUUAAUUAAAAAUACGUCUAUAAAACGUAAACUGCUUCUAGUUAAGGUAAUUAGGGACUCUCUGGUCAUGUCACUGCGUCAAUCUACGGAACAAUCGUUGCUGGCGAUUAAUUAGUGAAAGGUUUUGAUUAUAAGUUUUUAUAGGGGGAACACAAAUCAAAGUUUAGGUAAAGAUAUCUGUACCUCUUACAAAAAAUUUAGCGAAAUUAUCAGAUACCUACAGUCUAAAGAACAGAAUAGCUUAUUCAGUCAUCAGUACAUUCUAGUUGUUAAGGGCACAAUCUUAUUUUCUCUAGACUGAUGUUAACUUGCGUUAACAUGCUUUAGUUGGCCUACCGGUUGGUUGUACGACUCGACUGUUGUAAUUUGACCUUUGAUACAUACGUUGGCGUUACGCGUCUAUUGAAAUCACUCCUGCACAAUUGUCGAUAACCAAACCUUUCCGAACAACACAAAGUCGACAAGCGUGGCUUUCCGAACAGCACACGGUCGACAAGCGUAGCUUUCCGAACAGCACGCAAUCAAAAAGCGAACCUCUCCGACAACACGCGGUCGACAAGCAUGGAUUUCAGAGCAUCACGCGGUCGACAAGCGUGGCUUUCCGAACAGCACAUGGUCGAAAAGCCCGACUUUCUGCCCUAAGAAAAGCUUGUCUCAAUCAAAAGCAAUUGCAAGUACAGUGAGCGGCUUUUGUUUCACCGAUAGCAACUAGGCGGAUGGAAUCUCUCUUACGGCAUCCCCUCUAAACAAUAUAUGAUAUUGACAAUAAUAUGAUAACAAUAAUGAGUUGAAAUGAUAAAAAUUUUUCAUUCCUUUAGGGACUUUUGUUCCUCCAACAUCCCGUCUUCCCUACUGUAAGCCUGAAGAUUACUGAUUGAUUUCGGUGUGUUUUCUCUGAAUUCUUUUUGCAUAGCUUGCACAAGACGUACUAUCAUGGCUUACGAAGGAUACACUACUUUUAAAGUAGAGAUCAAGGAAGGUGUGGCGUGGGUCACAUUUGACUUUCCUCCAGUAAAUGUCCAAGGAAAGCCGAUGUUGGACGAUCUCAAUCGUUUGGCCGAAGCUUUGGAACCGGAUCGCUCCAUCAAAGUCGUGGUAUUUCAGUCUGCCCAUCCUGACAUUUUUGUAUGCCAUGCAGAUAUCGACAUGUUAACCGAGAUUCCGGCUAAAGAACGCUCCAUGGACGAACCUUUACUGUACCUGCAGCAGGUGCUACAAAGGAUCAGUGCUCUCCCUCAGGCGACUAUUGCCAAGGUAGAAGGAAUGGCCCGCGGAGGUGGUCACGAAUUCAUGCUGGCUUGUGACAUGCGUUUCGCCGCCAGGGGGAAGGCAGUUUUCAUGCAGAUGGAGGUCGGUAUGGGCAUAGUUCCAUGCGGCGGGGGAACGCAACGACUUCCACGCCAGGUCGGUAUGGGUCGAGCCAUGGAGAUUAUCCUAGGGGCACAUGACUUUGAUGCUGACUUGGCAGAACGAUACGGAAGCAUCAACCGAGCGCUGGACCCGAACGAAAUUGGGCCAUUUGUGGAAGAGCUGGCUGACCGUAUAGCUAAGUUCCCUGCAGGUUCCAUUACAGCGUGCAAAAGGAGUGUUCUGGCUGCUGUUGAAACUCCGAUUGAAGAGGGCCUAAAGAUCGAGGCAUACCAGCUAGGGCAAGCUAUGUCCACGACCCCUGGAGCUAAAAGAUUUGCUUUUGGAAAGGAACAGGGCAUCCAGGUUGAUUUGGAAACCCAGAAGAACUGGGACAAAGGAGUUAUGGACAUCCAAGCAGUUCAAUAACUAAGCAUUUUUCUUUAGCUGAGUUUGCAUGGAAAGACUGUCUUCACUAAUAUGUAGGUUCUGAUUACAUUUGAACUAGGAAAUAACAGCUGCAGUUAUAUGUGUUGUAAACAUGAUUUGGUAUGUCUAUCGAUUAUCUUUGUCCAUGUCAGUUUCCUUUUCCUUCGGCAAUGGAAUAUUAAAGUUUGGACAUUGCAGGAC